UUAGUCUCAGUUCGACCCAGUUUGAAAGUGAACCAACCGCUCCAGUCGCAGAUUCAUCCCCAAAACAACAACAACCCGAACCGAGACCCAGAAAGCCCAGAGAUCCGGUCCUAGUCCCCUUGUUCCGGGCCUCCUACCUGCGCCAUCAUGAUGCGUAAAGAUGUCAACAAGCCGAAGGGGAAGACGUCGGCCUACGCCUUCUUCGUCCAGACGUGUCGAGAGGAACACCGCAAGAAAAACCCAGAGCAGUCGGUCAACUUCGCUGAGUUCUCCAAGAAAUGCUCCGAGAGGUGGAAGGCGCUGUCCCCCGGUGAGAAGAAGCGUUUUGAGGACAUGGCGAAGGCCGACAAGGUCCGCUACAACCGGGAGAUGAGGGACUACGUCCCACCCAAAGGCUUCGGCAAGAGAGGCCGCAAGAGGAAAGAUCCCAACGCCCCCAAGAGGCCGCCGUCGGCGUUCUUCGUGUUCUGCAGCGAGUACCGGCCCAGUGUGAAGCAGCAGUACCCGGGUCUGUCCAUCGGCGACUGCGCCAAGAAACUGGGAGAGAUGUGGAGCAAACUGGGCCAGACUGAGAAGCUGCCGUACGAGGAGAAGGCCCAGAAACUGAGGGAGAAGUACGACCGGGACAUGGUGGCGUACCGCGGCGGAGGAACCUUCGCCAGGAACCCGGACUCUUCAGCUCAGGGGGGCGAGGAAGAGGAGGAUGAGGAGGGAGAGGAAGACGAUGAAGAUGAGGAAGACGACGAAUAGAGAGACUGAGGAGGACGGGGUGUGUUUCAGAGACCGGACCGGUACUGGGCCAGAGACCGGUCCAAUCAGACAGACGAGUUCAGGUGACAGAACACUGUGUGGUUCAAAGACCGGACCGGUACCAGUCGGGUCCGAUUAGACCAGUACGGACCGGUUCUGAUGGAGGACAGCUCGAUCGGGUCCAGAACCUCUGUUCUGUUCCCGACCCGUUGGCCUGACAGGGUCUGGUUCUGAGCCAGCUGGGUUUAUCCCUAAGGUGUUGAUGAUCCAGAUCAGUUCUGGUUCUGUGAUCCGUCUCGGCUCCAGAUGUCCAGCAGUACCAUUUCUCCUCCAGCAGGCGGCGCCUUGCAUCAUCAGAACCGGGUCAGUCUGAAUGACUCCUGUUGGUCCGGUAUGGGUGUUGCCAUGGUAACUGACCAAUCAGUGGCCUCAGAAAGCCCAACAUGGUUCUGCUUCACCAGAACCGGGCCGCUGCACACCAGGAACCAGAACCAAACUGUUGAUCAACAUGGUUAGAACCUUUUGUGCGAAGAACAUGGAACCGGGUCAGGAUGACCUGUUGACCAGCUGACCCAGUUACCAUGGUAACCAGCGGCUCCUCCCAGCUUCCCUCUGUAAUUCUGAGGUCAGUGUGACCUCUGACCUCUAGCAGAACCACAGCCUGAUCUGAUCCAGAUCGGUUCUGGUCAUGAACUCAGGUCUGGUUCCUGUUAGACACACGGAGCGGCUCAGAGUCCUGACCCGGGUCAGAACCAGGGUCCAGUUAGAGACGUGGUUCUGUACCUGGACUGAUCUUCAUCCAGAGGAUCCAGAACUUCACUGAGUCACUGAUGGAGAUCUGAGCUGCUGGAGGAGCUACUAGGUAGGAGCUACUAACUAGUAGCUGCAGCUGCUCUGGCUGCCAGGCACCGGCGCCCCCUGGUGGGCCCCCUGACCGUUCCUGGAGCUCAGGGAGCCCAGGAGUAGACACAACUACAGGAUGAGAAUUGAACCAGGCUCCAGAACCUCAGAGGGUUCUGGUUCAUGGUUUCUUCUCUGGAUUAUAAGACGAACUCCGACCCACCAUCACUGAGUUCUGACCGGAGUUCUGACCCGGUUCCAGCCGACCCGCUGAGAUCCACUGAGUUUAAACCCUCUGACUCGUCUGACUCUGAAACACACACCGGGUCCUCAGAGCGUUACUGCGUGUGUGAGAACUGUGUGUGUGUGUUAAACUGUCCAACAGUAGCCCCUCCCCCCUCACUGUUACCAUGGUUACCCCCCCCUCUGUGUUUUUCGUUCUGUUAGUAGAAACUGCAGCUUUUAUAAUAAAACUACCAACUGCU